AUGCGGUACGCGCGCGACCUCACCGUGGCAGCGGUGAUCGGUGUCUCGCUGUGCGCUGGUGCACAUGCGCAGGCGUCGGUGAUUGACGGUAUUCAAAGCGCCUUCAACGGCAUCAAGGGCUCGCUAGGCACCGGCGCGAACCUCAACAACAUCAAGAUCAACGGCGAGCCGCUCGGGGACGGCAGCAAGUUCGCGUCGCUCCUCUCCGGCGGGUUCACGAAGCCCGCUGCCGUCCUGCAAACGCUGCUCUCCACGAAGAAGUUCAACGGCUCGCUCGGCACGCUCCUGGCGGGCUCCGGCAUCGACGGAAUGGAGGACGCGAAGGACAUCGUGGACGUCGUCGACGUCCUCGAGGCCAAUUACUGCACCCCUCCCAGCUUCUCGCCGCCCGAGCGCGUCCCCGCGGUCUGGCAGGGCCCCGGCGCGUCCUUCCGCGUCGAGACGGGCUCCUGCAGCAUCGUGACGGAGCCGGUCGCGGACGGGAUCGCGGGCGACGCCGCUGCGGUCAAGCUGGUGUGCACGAAGCCGUCGAUCUCUGUGGAGAAGACGAAGAGCACCUACACUGGCCGCCACAUCACGCCGGCCACCUUCUCGCACCAGACGUGCGUGCUCGAGAAGGAGUUCGGCGACGAGGUCGCCGAGACCCUGUAUGUGUUCGGAUCCGACCCGCCGUCGUGGACCGCCAUCAAGCAGAUGAUCAUGGACAGGCUCAUGAGCUCCUUCGUCGGCAAGCGCGACUUCCUGGAGACCAUGUUCACCACCAAGCACGGCGGCCUCGCCGCCAACAUGCCUGGCACGGCGUGA